CUCUCUCUCUCUCUCUCUCUCUCUCUCUCUCUGUGAAGAAAAGUUUGUGAACAUUCUGCGGACUGUUUAUCAGACUGUUUUCUUCUUCUUCUUCGUCUCUCGACUUGUUUUAGGACCCGGAUCAUCAUGUCCGGCGUGGCCUCUACGCUGGCCAAGAAGCGCGCGCUGGCCGCGGGGUUCGGCACCAACGCGCACGCGACGCGGUACCUGAACCAGGACUUUUCCGCUCUGCGCGCGCAGUGCCGCUCCUCCGGUAAGCUCUUCUGUGACCCGAUGUUUCCCGCGUCCCCGGAGGCGCUGGGCUUCAAAGAGCUGGGUCCCAGAUCCUCCAAGGUCCGCGGGAUGACCUGGAAGAGGCCCACGGAGCUGGUGUCUAACCCGGAGUUCAUCGUGGGCGGAGCCUCCAGGACCGACAUCUGCCAGGGAGCUCUUGGUGACUGCUGGCUGUUGGCGGCCAUCGCCUCUCUGACCCUGAACGAGUACGUGAUGGCCCGAGUCGUUCCCUCCGACCAGGGCUUUGGAGACGACUACGCCGGCAUCUUCCACUUCCAGUUCUGGCAGUUUGGUGAGUGGGUGGACGUGGUGAUCGAUGACCGUCUGCCCGUUAAAGAUGGCGAGCUGAUGUUCGUCCACUCUGCGGAGGGGAGAGAGUUCUGGAGCGCCCUGCUGGAGAAAGCCUACGCCAAAGUAAACGGCUGCUAUGAGGCUCUGUCUGGAGGCUCCACCACUGAGGGUUUUGAGGAUUUCACUGGAGGCAUCGCUGAGAAUUACGACCUCCAAAAACCUCCCUCCAACCUGUUCUACAUCGUCAAGAAGGCGUUGGAAGCAGGAGCGCUGCUGGGCUGCUCCAUCGACAUUACCAGCGCUUCAGACUCAGAGGCCGUCACUCGUCAGAAGCUGGUCAAAGGCCACGCCUACUCACUGACCGGCGCCGUAGAGGUGAACUUCCGCGGCCGUCAGGAGAAGCUGGUGAGGGUGAGGAACCCGUGGGGUCAGGUGGAGUGGACGGGAGCGUGGAGCGACGGAUCAUCAGAGUGGAACUAUGUGCAGGGAGACUGUCCCCACGCCAACGCAGAGGACGGAGAGUUCUGGAUGUCCUACAACGAGUUUCUGCGUCACUACUCCCGUAUCGAGGUGUGCACUCUGACCCCCGACGCCAUCGACGACGACUCCAUCAAACACUGGAGUGUCAGCAAGUUUGACGGCACCUGGAGGAGAGGAUCCACAGCAGGGGGCUGCAGGAACCAUCCCUACACGUUCUGGACCAACCCUCAGUUUGUGAUCCGCCUGGAGGAGGAGGAUGACGACCCCGGCGAUGGGGAGGUGGGCUGCAGCUUCGUGGUCGGUCUGAUCCAGAAGAACCGCAGGAAGCUCCGGAAACAAGGCGAGGACAUGCACACGGUGGGGUUCGCCAUCUACGAGCUUCCACAACAGUUCCACGGGCAGAAGCAGGUUCACCUGGAUAAGAACUUCUUCCUGACGCACGCUCAGACGGCGAGAUCCGAGACCUUCGUCAACCUGAGAGAGGUCAGCACCCGCUUCAAGCUGCCGCCCGGAGAAUACCUGAUCAUCCCGUCCACCUUCGACCCGCACCUCAACGGAGACUUCUGCAUCCGGGUCUUCUCCGAGAAGCAGUCAGAGACCAUACCCUGUGACGACCCCGUCAGCGCUGAACUGGAGGAUGAGUCGGUGUCAGACGAAGACGUGGACGCAGGUUUCCGAGGACUCUUCACCAAACUCGCCGGAGACGACAUGGAGAUCUCUGCGGUCGAGCUCAGGACCAUCUUGAACAAGAUCGUCGCCAAACGUACAGACAUAAAGACGGACGGCUUCAGCAUGGAGACCAGCAGGAUCAUGGUGAACCUGAUGGACAAGGACAGUGGAAACGGGAAGCUCGGCCUCGGAGAGUUCGCUACUCUGUGGAAGAAGGUUCAGAGAUACCUGACCAUCUAUAAGAAGAACGACUCGGAUAACUCGGGGACGAUGAGCACUCCAGAGAUGAGAGUCGCCUUCAAAGACGCAGGUUUCACCCUCAACAACACCAUCUACCAGCUGCUGGUGGCUCGAUACUCCGACCCCGACAUGACCAUCGACUUCGACAACUUCGUGGGCUGUCUGAUGAGGCUGGAGAUGAUGUUCAAGAUCUUUAAGAAGUUGGACGCUCACAACAGCGGCUCCAUCGAGCUUGACUUCACCCAGUGGAUAAACUUCUCCAUGAUCUGAGCCUCCGCUCUGUGUUGUCGCCCCCGCGGAGCUUCAGUGUUACUGCAGGACGCCAUAUUCCCCGUUUACAGCGUCUCUUCUUGUCACUGCAUUUCUAUGUGAGGCUAAUGUUUUUAUCCUGUACAUUAUCUGACUCACACAACACAAAGUCAAUAAAUAUAUUCACAACCCUUUAA